AUGCAGCAGCAGCACGCAGCAGCACGCAGCAGGAGCAGCAGCAGCAGCAGCCCUGACUUGCUGCCUGCCCUCUUUUUGCUGCUGCACAGCUUGAGGCCCUCAGCCACCGUCUCAGCAGCCGCCCCCGCAGCAGCAGCAGCAGAUGCAGCAGCAGCAGCAACAGCAGCAGCGCAGCAGGAAGCUCUUUUGGCGGCGCCAAGCCGCCAGCGACGGAGGACCGCGGGGUAUCGCAGACGCUGCAGCUGCCGUCUGAAAGACAGCAGCAGCAGCAGCAGCAGCAGCAGCAGAAUGGGACUUGGA